CGCUCGGGCCCGGCCGCUGUCCGCGCCGCGCCGCUCCUCCCAUACCUGCGCGGGGCGCGGCGCCGCCUCCCCCGCCCGCCACUCCCGGCCGCCGCGGCCGGACUAAAGGUCGCGCCGGGCCCGAGCGAGCGGCCGCCGCGUCGGUCCAGUCCAGGAAGCGGGUGCCGAGCCGGUCACCCCGGGAAAGUGUGGGAGCGGGAAGAUGGCGCCAGGGGCACCGGCCGCGCACUAAGCCCCGCGCCCACCACCCCUCCACCUCCCGCGCCCCUCCGCGCCCCGGCCCCGAGCGCCCCGCGCGCCCCGCCGCCCGCCAGGCGCGACGCCCCCGGCCUCGGGCCCGGACCCGCGGGGGUCAUGUCGCUCAGCGAACUCUACAGCCAGUACACCAAGGUCUGGAUCCCUGACCCUGAGGAGGUGUGGCGCUCGGCCGAGCUGACCAAGGACUACCAGGACGGGGACACGAGCCUGCAGCUGAGCCUGGAAGAUGGAACGGUUCAGGAAAUCCCCAUUGAUGUCCAGAGCAACCAGCUGCCCUUCUUGCGGAACCCAGAUAUCUUGGUGGGUGAGAAUGACCUCACUGCCCUAAGCUAUCUUCACGAGCCUGCAGUUCUGCAUAAUUUGAAGGUCCGGUUCCUGGAGUCCAACCACAUCUACACAUACUGCGGUAUCGUGCUUGUUGCCAUCAAUCCUUACGAACAGUUGCCAAUCUACGGACAAGAUGUCAUCUAUGCGUACAGCGGCCAGAACAUGGGGGACAUGGACCCCCACAUCUUUGCUGUGGCGGAAGAGGCCUAUAAGCAGAUGGCCAGAGAUGAGAAGAACCAGUCCAUCAUCGUCAGCGGCGAGUCAGGGGCCGGCAAGACCGUGUCGGCCAAGUAUGCCAUGCGCUACUUUGCCACGGUGGGUGGCUCAGCCAGCGACACCAACAUCGAAGAGAAGGUGCUGGCAUCCAGCCCCAUCAUGGAGGCCAUUGGAAAUGCCAAAACCACACGCAAUGACAACAGCAGCCGCUUUGGGAAGUACAUUCAGAUUGGCUUCGACAAGAGGUACCACAUCAUCGGGGCCAACAUGAGAACCUACCUGUUGGAGAAGUCCAGAGUGGUCUUCCAGGCUGCUGACGAGAGGAACUACCACAUCUUCUACCAGCUGUGCGCAGUGGCCAGCCUCCCCGAGUUCAAAGAGCUGGAGCUCACCUGUGCAGAGGACUUCUUCUACACGUCGCAGGGAGGGGACACGUCCAUCGAGGGUGUGGAUGAUGCAAAGGACUUUGAGAAAACACGCCAGGCCUUCACCCUCCUUGGAGUGCGAGAGUCCCAUCAGAUAAGCAUUUUUAAGAUAAUUGCUUCUAUCCUGCACCUCGGAAACGUGGAAAUCCAGGCAGAGCGUGAUGGCGAGUCCUGCAGCAUCUCGCCCCAGGAUGAACACCUGGACACCUUCUGCCGCCUGCUGGGCGUGGAGCAGUCGCAGAUGAAGCACUGGCUGUGCCACCGCAAGCUGGUGACCACGGCGGAGACCUACGUGAAGACCAUGUCCCUGCAGCAGGUGGUCAACGCGCGCGACGCCCUGGCCAAGCACCUGUACGCACAGCUGUUCGGCUGGAUCGUGGAGCAGGUGAACGAGGCCCUGCGCAGCACCCUCAAGCAACACGCCUUCAUCGGGGUCCUGGACAUCUACGGGUUCGAAACCUUUGAGGUCAACAGCUUUGAGCAGUUCUGCAUCAACUAUGCCAACGAGAAGCUCCAGCAGCAGUUCAACUCGCACGUCUUCAAACUGGAGCAGGAAGAGUACAUGAAGGAGCAGAUCCCUUGGACUCUGAUUGAUUUCUACGACAACCAGCCCUGCAUCGACCUCAUCGAGGCCAAGCUGGGCAUCUUGGACCUGCUGGAUGAAGAGUGCAAGGUGCCCAAAGGGACUGACCAGAACUGGGCUCAGAAGCUGUAUGACCGACACGCGGCAAGCCAGCACUUCCAGAAACCCCGCAUGUCCAACACCUCCUUCAUCGUCAUCCACUUCGCCGACAAGGUGGAGUACCUCUCCGACGGCUUCCUGGAGAAGAAUCGGGACACGGUGUACGAGGAGCAGAUCAACAUCCUGAAGGCCAGCAAGUUCCCGCUUGUGGCCGACUUGUUCCACGAUGACAAAGACCCCGUCCCUGCCACCACCGCUGCCAGUAAGGGCUCGUCCUCGAAGAUCAACAUCCGCUCGGCCAGACCCCCCCUGAAGGCCUCCAACAAGGAGCACAAGAAAACCGUGGGCCACCAGUUCCGUGCCUCCCUGCACCUGCUCAUGGAGACUCUGAACGCCACGACACCACACUACGUCCGCUGCAUCAAGCCCAACGACGAGAAGCUCCCAUUCCACUUUGACCCCAGGAGAGCAGUGCAGCAACUCCGGGCGUGCGGGGUGCUCGAGACCAUCCGGAUCAGUGCGGCCGGCUACCCGUCCAGGUGGACCUACCAUGACUUCUUCAACCGCUACCGGGUGCUGGUGAGGAAGAAAGACCUGGCCAACACGGACAAGAAGGCCGUCUGCAGGUCGGUCCUGGAGAGCCUCCUCAAGGAUCCCGACAAGUUCCAGUUCGGCCGCACCAAGAUCUUCUUCCGGGCAGGCCAGGUGGCCCACCUGGAGAAGCUGCGGGCCAACAGGUUCCGGACGGCCACCAUCAUGAUCCAGAAGACCGUGCGGGGCUGGCUGCAGAGGGUGCGGUACCGCCGGCUGCGGGGGGCCACCUUGACGCUGCAGCGCUACUGCCGGGGGCACAUGGCUCGCAGGCUGGCUGAGCAUCUGCGCAGGACCCGGGCGGCCGUGGUGCUCCAGAAGCAGUACCGCAUGCACAGGGCCCGCCAGUCCUACCGACGUGUGCGUGACGCCAUUGUGGUCAUCCAGGCCUUCACCCGGGGCAUGUUCGUGAGAAGAACCUACCUCCAGGUCCUCACGGAGCACAAGGCCACCGUCAUCCAGAAGCACGUGCGUGGCUGGAUGGCACGCAAGCGCUUCCAGCAGCUCCGGGAUGCCGCCGUGCUGAUCCAGUGCGCCUUCCGGAUGCUCAAGGCCAGGCGGGCUCUGAAGGCCCUCAAGAUCGAGGCCCGCUCGGCCGAGCACCUGAAACGCCUCAACGUGGGCAUGGAGAACAAGGUGGUCCAGCUGCAGCGCAAGAUCGAUGACCAGAACAAGGAGUUCAAGACGCUGUCGGAGCAGCUGUCAGCGGCCACGUCCACGCACUCCAUGGAGGUGGCCAGGCUGAAGAAGGAGCUGGCCCAGUACCAGCGUAGCCGCGAGGAGGACAGCAGCCCCCGGCUGCAGAGCGAGCUGGAGAGCCUGCGGGACGAGCUGCGGAGAGCGCAGGACGAGCGCACGGUCCUGGAGGACGAGCACGCCAGGGAGAAGAGCGAGCUGAGAAAGCGCGUGGCCGAGCUGGAGCAGGAGAACGCGCUCCUCAAGGACGAGAAGGAGCAGCUCAACCUCCAGAUCCGGAACCAGUCCACAGACCAGUCUGCCCGGAACUCGGCCCAGGGGGAGGCCCUGGCGGCCAAGGAGCUGGAGGAGGAGCGAGCCCGCUACCAGAACCUCGUGAAGGAGUACUCGCGGCUCGAGCAGAGAUACGACACCUUGCGGGAUGAGAUGACCAUCAUCAAGCAAACCCCAGGCCAUCGGCGGAACCCAUCCAACCAAAGUAGCUUAGAAUCGGACUCCAAUAACCCGUCCAUCUCCACGUCUGAGGUUGGAGACACAGAGGACACCCUCCAGCAGGUGGAGGAAGCCGGCCUGGAGAAGGCCGCCAUGGACCUGACCGUCUUCCUGAAGCUGCAGAAGAGGGUGCGGGAGCUGGAGCAGGAGCGGAGGAAGCUGCAGGCACAGCUGGAGAAGCGCGAGCAGGACAGCCAGCAGGGCCAGGUGGAUCCAGCCAAGAACGAGGCGGACUUGGCCCAGGACGAGGAUCUGGCCUACAACAGUCUGAAGAGGCAAGAGCUGGAGUCGGAGAACAAGAAGCUGAAGAACGACCUGAAUGAGCUGAGGAAAGCCGUGGCCGCCCACGCCGCCCAGGGCAGCCCCCCACCCGGCUCCCCCGACGGCUACAGCCUGCUGCUCAACCAGCUCAAGCUGGCGCACGAGGAGCUGGAGGUGCGCAAGGAGGAGGUGCUCAUCCUGAGGACACAGAUCGUCAGCGCCGACCAGCGCCGGCAAUCCGGGAAGAACAUGGACAUCAAUGCCAGGACGAGCUGGCCCAACAGCGAGAAGCACGUGGACCAGGAGGACGCCAUCGAGGCCUACCACGGGGUCUGCCAGACCAACAGAAAGACAGAGGACUGGGGCUAUUUGAACGAAGACGGGGAGCUCGGCCUGGCCUACCAGGGCCUAAAGCAAGUUGCCAGGUUGCUGGAGGCGCAGCUGCAGGAGCAGAGCCGCGAGCACGCGCGGGAGGCCGAGGAGCUGCGGGCGCAGGUGGAGGCGCUGCGGGAGGAGCUGGCGGGUCAGCAGCAGACCUUCUGCCAGGCGCUGCUGCUCUCGCCCGAUGCCCAGGUGGAGUUCGGCGUCCAACGGGAGAUCUCGCGGCUGACCAGCGAGAACCUGGACCUCAAAGAAGUGGUGGAGAAGCUGGAGAAGAACGAACGCAAGCUCAAGAAGCAGCUGAAGAUCUACAUGAAGAAAGCGCAGGACCUGGAGGCAACCCAGGCACUGGCCCAGAGCGACAGGGGGCGGCAAGAGCUGCACAGGCAGGUGACCGUGCAGCGGAAGGAGAAGGACUUCCAGGGCAUGCUGGAGUACCACCACGACGACGAGGCCCUGCUCGUCCGCAACCUGGUCACAGAGCUGAAGCCGCAGGCGCUGGCGGGCGCCGUGCCCUGCCUGCCCGCCUACAUCCUGUACAUGUGCGUGCGACACGCCGACUACACCAACGACGACGUCAAGCUGCACUCACUGCUCACGGCCACCAUCAACGGCAUCAAGCGGGUCCUCAAGAAACACGGUGACGACUUCGAGAUGACGUCCUUCUGGCUGGCCAACAGCUGCCGGCUCCUGCACUGCCUGAAGCAGUACAGUGGGGACGAGGCCUUCAUGACGCAGAACACGGCCAAGCAGAACGAGCACUGUCUGAAGAACUUUGACCUCACUGAGUACCGCCAGGUGUUGAGUGACCUGUCCAUCCAGAUCUACCAGCAGCUCAUCAGGGUGGCCGAGGGCGUCCUGCAGCCCAUGAUCGUGUCGGCAAUGCUGGAGAACGAGAGCAUCCAGGGCCUGUCGGGGGUGAAGCCCAUGGGCUACCGGAAGCGCUCGUCCAGCAUGGUGGACGGCGAGAACGCCUACUGCCUGGAGGCCGUCAUACGCCAGAUGACCGCCUUCCACACCGUCAUGGGCGACCAGGGCCUGGACCCCGAGAUCAUCCUGCAGGUGUUCAAGCAGCUCUUCUACAUGAUCAACGCCGUGACCCUCAACAACCUCCUGCUGAGGAAGGACGUCUGCUCCUGGAGCACGGGCAUGCAGCUCAGGUACAACAUCAGCCAGCUGGAGGAGUGGCUGCGGGGCCGGAACCUGCAGCAGAGUGGGGCGGCCCAGACCCUUGAGCCCCUCAUCCAGGCAGCACAGCUCCUGCAGCUGAAGAAGAAGACCCCCGAGGACGCUGAGGCCAUCUGCUCCUUGUGCACGGCCCUCAGCACCCAGCAGAUUGUCAAAAUUUUAAACCUUUAUACGCCCCUGAAUGAAUUUGAAGAAAGGGUAACAGUGGCCUUUAUACGAACGAUCCAGGCACAGCUUCAAGAGCGGAAUGACCCUCCACAGCUGCUGCUCGACUUCAAGCACAUGUUUCCGGUUGUGUUCCCAUUCAAUCCCUCUUCUCUGACCAUGGACUCCAUCCACAUCCCAGCGAGUCUCCAUCUGGAGUUCCUCAGUGAGGUCUGAGCACGCCACGCGUCCAUCUGGGUUUCGGUUCCCCGGGAGGGCCGCGAAGGAACUAGAGACAGUGACAGCCUCCAGACAGAGGGUGGAACGCUACAAAAUAAGACACCUCUGUGAUAUUUUUUUUGUACCUAAAACUCAGAAUAAAAGCACUUGAACUAUGGAAGAUUUUCUUAAAGAGUGA